UUGAGUCUAGUGGGGAAAGGACAUGGGUGAUGGGGUAAAUACUGCAUUGUUAUUGGGGAAGGGACUAGAAAUCUCUUCUAGCUCAGAUAUACCUCCUGAGUUAGCAUCUGCUUUAACUUCUAAAAACAUGUGAGGUGGAAUUUACAGUGAGCUGCCAGCAGACAUCAGUGGGGAAGCUUGAGGGUCUCUAACUACUGCCCCAUCAAAAUCAUGCCGGGGGUACUUUAGAGUGGUUGCUCACCGUGUGAGAUCGCCUCCUGGAGGUGGAAUCCUUAAGCCAAGACUUUUACUGAUACCUGUUGGUGUCUGAUUGCGGGAAAGUGGCAGCAGCCUGAGGAAAGGGCAACAUGUCUUGGCAAGUUGGGAGCUGCCCUCAGCUCUCAGAAUGAACUUUCAGGCCAGGCUUUUUGCCCGCUGUGGGGUCAGGUUGCUGUCUCAGUCCUGGAGUCUCUUCUCCCAGGCUACAGAGGAUAUGACAUUCCGAAAGAUUCAGAAGGUCCUCUGUGUGGCAGAGAAAAAUGAUGCUGCCAGAGGAAUUGCAGAUAUUCUCUCCAAUAGCAGAAUGAGGCGGAGAGAAGGGUUUUCCAAAUUCAACAAGAUCUAUGAAUAUGACUAUCAUAUGUUUGGCCAGAAUGUUACUGUGGCGAUGACCUCUGUUUCGGGACAUUUGCUGGCUCAUGACUUUAAGAUGCCAUUUCGCAAAUGGUAUAGCUGCAACCCACUUGUACUCUUUGAAGCUGAAAUUGAGAAAUACUGCCCUGAAAACUUUGUGGAUAUUAAGAAAACCCUAGAACGAGAAGCCCGGCAGUGCCAGGCUCUGGUGAUCUGGACCGACUGCGAUCGAGAAGGAGAGAACAUUGGUUUUGAGAUAAUCCACGUUUGCAAAGCUGUGAAGCCAAGCCUUCAGGUGUUCCGAGCCCGCUUUUCCGAGAUCACUCCUCGUGCCGUAAGAGCAGCCUGUGAGAACCUCGUCCAACCCAAUCAGAACAUUAGUGAUGCUGUGGAUGUCAGACAGGAGCUGGACCUUAGGAUAGGUGCCGCCUUCACCAGAUUCCAGACCCUGAGGCUCCAGAAGCUCUUCCCCAACGUUCUAGCCGAGCAGUUGAUCAGCUAUGGUAGCUGUCAGUUCCCAACUCUGGGAUUUGUGGUAGAAAGGUUUAAAGCCAUCCAGGCCUUUGUUCCUGAGGCCUUCUAUAAAAUUAAAGUGACCCAUGAACAUGAGGACGGCAUGGUAGACUUCAACUGGAAGAGGAACCGACUCUUUAACCACACAGCAUGCCUUGUCCUGUACCACAUGUGUAUGGAGGAUCCGACGGCAACUGUUGCCGAGAUUGGGAGCAAACCGAAGAGCAAGUGGAGGCCCCCAGCACUAGACACUGUGGAACUUGAGAAGCUGGCUUCCCGCAAGCUGAAAAUAAAUGCCAAAGAAACCAUGAAAAUAGCAGAAAAGCUCUACACUCAAGGGUACAUAAGCUAUCCCCGAACUGAGACCAACAUUUUCCCCAAAGACCUAAACCUCUCUUCUUUGGUACAACAGCAGACCGAAGACCCCAACUGGGGAGCCUUUGCGCAGGGGAUUCUAGACCGGGGUGGGCCAACCCCUCGGAAUGGGACCAAAUCCGAUCAGGCUCACCCUCCCAUUCACCCCACUAAAUAUGCAUGUAACCUGCAGGGGAAUGAACAACGACUGUAUGAAUUCAUUGUGCGUCACUUUUUGGCUUGCUGCUCCCAGGAUGCCAAGGGACAAGAAACAACUGUGGAGAUUGACAUUGCUAAUGAGCGAUUUGUUGCUCAUGGGCUCAUGAUCCUGGCCAGAAACUAUCUGGACGUCUAUCCUUAUGAGAAGUGGAGUGACAAGGUUCUCCCAGUGUACGAGAGGGGGUCUCGCUUUCAGCCCACCACAGUGGAGAUGGUGGAUGGGGAGACCAGUCCACCCCAGCUCCUCACCGAAGCCGAUCUCAUUUCACUCAUGGAGAAACAUGGCAUCGGGACUGAUGCCACUCACGCUGAGCACAUCGAGACCAUCAAGUCACGGAUGUACGUGGGGCUUACUCCAGAUCAGAGGUUCCUUCCGGGGCACCUGGGCAUGGGGCUGGUAGAAGGCUACGAUUCUAUGGGCUACGAGAUGUCAAAACCUGACCUUCGCGCUGAACUGGAGGCUGAUCUGAAGCUGAUUUGCGAGGGGAGGAAGGACAAAUUUGUGGUGCUGAGGCAGCAGAUCGAGAAGUACCAGAAAGUCUUCACCGAAGCCGUGGCCAAAGCCAACAAGUUGGAUCAGGCUUUGUCUCAGUAUUUCGGAGAAGUAACGGCACUUGCGCAGCAAGAGGAGAUCUACCCAGCCAUGCCCGUCUCCAUUCGGAAAUGUCCACAGUGCAACAGUGACAUGGUCCUGAAGAGCAAGAAGAACGGCGGGUUUUAUCUCGGCUGCGUGAGCUAUCCUACCUGUAAAGCGGCUGUGUGGUUUCCUGACUCUGUGCUGGAAGUCAGCAAGGAUGACAGUGUCUGUGCCGUGUGUAAACCCCAUCCGGUUCAUAGGCUGAAAUUUAAGUUCAAGCGAGGUAGCGUCCCACCCCUGCUGCCCCUGGAAUUUGUUGGCUGUAUUGGAGGUUGCGAUGAGAUGUUGAGAGAGAUCUUGGACCUGAAAUAUUUACAAGGACCAUCCAGACCGGUACAGUCAGUCAACCUGCCAGCUAACUACCUACAAGCCAACCAGUCCCUUAACCGCAUGGCCAGCUAUGAGAAUGGCCACGUGAGACCUACCACAAACCCUGGUGCAGCAAGAGCACCUCGAGCAGCUCGUCAUCCAGCUCCUGCCGCUGCUGCCGAGAACAAUGCCGUGGUGUGCAACUGUCGGGAGGAGGCAGCAUUGCUCACGGUGCGUAAAGAAGGGCCCAACCAGGGCAGGCAGUUCUAUAAAUGCAGUGCCGGCAGCUGCAACUUCUUCCUCUGGGCCGAUCAACAAUCGGAUGAUGGAAACAGCGUAACCCACAGGAGCUUUUCUGCACCCCCGGAUUCCUUGGGUGAAAGGCCUCCAGGAAGCUUCAGGAGCCUUGGAGGAGGAGGAGGUCUGGGUCGCUAUGGAAGCAACGGUUUCGACUCGGGCGGAGGGGGCGGUGGCGUGAUGUGUAAGUGCGAUCAGCCGGCCAUCACACGCACCGUCCAGAAGGAGGGACCCAACAAAGGGCGUCAGUUCCACACCUGCCCGAAGCCGAGAGAGCAGCAGUGCGGCUUCUUCCAGUGGGUGGAUGAAAACGUGGCCCCAGGAGCCUUCUCUUCAAACCAAUUCAGGAGCGAUGGGCACUCAAGAGGGUCUGGUAGCAAAGCUAAAAGACCAAGUACUUUCUCUUCUGAGAAAGGACCUACUGCCAAGAGACAACGAACCUGUGGCAUUUGCCACCAGCUUGGUCACACCAGGAAGACAUGUCCUCAGGACCACUGAGGAAGGACAGUAGAUGGGAUGCUCUUGUAGGAAACAUUAAAAAAAGCCAGAGUCCUGAACUGCUCCAGGAGUGGCUGGCUGUAGAGAUGCAGUGGAUUUUAAAAGCAGAAUGUGUCUGGGGCUUGUGUUCAAACUACUUCCUGGAAAUAGUGGCUAAAGUACAUCUUCUCUUGGUGGUGACCAGCACACUCAACUACGCCUUGGAAAGUUUCAUUCUGACUUAUUCAGACACUAGGCUAUCUUCUAAAGGAGGCUCAACUACUGCUGCCUUCCUUGGUUUAUUAUUAUGCUGGGGGAUAUUUUGUAAACACAGGCAUUGUUUCCAAAACCCCUUCUCAGCUAAAGCUUUGGAGAAAAAUACAGAUGGUUGUUGGGAAGUGGGACAGGCCCUUCACAGAGCUGCCAACCCCGAAUUUCACCACAGCCUCCAUUCCCCCAGGCCCUUCUGUCUAGGAAAUAGUAGGGGGCCACAAAGAGUAGCACUAAAGGAAAUGGAGGAAACCUUUUACCCACACUGCUGGAGCAGCUGGUGUGGGUUGUUUGCAGACCAGGGAGCAGUUAGGGAUGAUGCUGUCCAGGAAACCAUCUGUUGAUGGUUGUGAAUCAGUUUUUCUGGCUUCUCACAGGGUGGGAUUUGAUAUUUUAAGUUACUCUUCCAGGUUGGGGUUAGUCAGUCAGUCUGUUCCCCAAUGCCCCUGGCCCUUGCCUCGAAGGAGAAUUAACAGCAGAGAAAGUAAAGCCUCAAUCCCUUGCCCUGGAGAGGGAGCUCAGUGCAAGUGCUCAAACAAGAGAACCUGCACUUAGGUUGAUAUUGAAUUUAGAACCCAGCUACUCCUUGGACACUGUGAGCAAGGGAACUUAAUGAAGCUGCUAGUUAAUGCAAAUUAUUUGGGGCAGAUUGAUGUGCCUUUUAAUAAAAAGGAGAACUCUA